AUGUUCUCUUCUACCAAAAAGAUGGCUCCAACUCCAGUUACUGCUGAGAAGUACGCUUCCCACCGCCCUACCAAGGUGACACUUGUUACAUGCACCGCUCUCUACAGCGUGGCUCAUUUGAUCCUCUUCUUCAUGUCUGCGGUUGCUUGGUCCAGUGCCAAGGCCAGAGCUAACGAGACACCCUUUUCGGUCGGCGGUAUCGACACUACUUUGAAUCGCUGGGGACUCUACCCAUUCAUGACGUUUGGGGCCCUCGUCUGCUUUGUUACAUCUGCAGUGAUGACGAUUAGAUCGUCUUGCCGCAUCAAGGGCUCUCCUAUUGAUGCCAAGUUCAUUUUCCGCGGAAUCUUUUACACCCUGAUCAUCAUUCUCCCCAUUGUAAUUGCUGGCUGGACCAACCCUCUUCUUGGUGCCAUCAAUCCUUCCCCGGCCAUGACAAUGGCCUGCACCGAGGGGCCGUCUGGUGAAUCAGUCUGUACGCCUGUCACUCAACAGGAUAACCUUUCAAGUGGCAGCAUGCCUCACAUUGGCAGCGUUUGUGGCACGUUUGUCAUGGAAACUUUUGAUGCUGGCUACCCUGGCCCCAAGCCCGCCAUGACCAUGAUUCACUUCAAUCUUGGCCUUGGAGUUUUGAUUGCUGGUCUGGCUUCUGCUUUGGCCCCUGCCCACUCAAAGCGUCUGACUCACGAAGUCGGCAAAGUGUAG